AUGAAGCUCCUCAUCCUAGCCACCCUGCUCGCCACCGCGCUGGCCUUCCCCACCAGCCCCGCAGGCACAGGCACCGAAGCCUCAACGACCGAAAACCCAGACGGCAACACCUGCGGCCGCGCGCAGCUCGCCUGCUGCCCCGAUCUCGAAGCCACGAGCAUCUCCCGCGAGGAGGGAGACAGUCUGCUGAACCUGCUUGAUGGCAGCGAUGUCCUUGCGAAUGGCGUUUUAGGGGGGUAUCGUGGGUGUAGUGGUUUGGUCUCCCUCCAAAACGCCGUUAGCGGACAGUGCAAUAACAAUGUGGCUUGCUGUAAUGCGGGGGAUACUGAGCUGAACGGGCUUGUCAAUGUUGCUGUUCCUUGUCUUCCUAUCAAUCUGCCUGUGCUGUAG